AUUCUGAAAGGUUUCGCUUCUCUUUUCUCAGUUAUUUCAUCCUCAAUUUCAAUAUUUUUCGUAUUCCUCACACAUAUGUACCUUCUGCACCACUUUACUUCUCCAACUCCUCUCUUGUUUCCCCCUUUUCCCUUUCCUUCUUUUCACUCCGCGUUUAUGGAUCCCUUCUGAAUUCUACGCUACACGAUCCGAUCCCCCAAUUUCUAUGACCCGUCAUCAGGGAAGGGCUCAUGUGAGUUGCAAGAUUUUAGACAGUUUAGGGUUUUUUCGCUACCAUUGGAAUUUAAUAAAGCAUCUCUUGGUUCAUUUGAUAUGCACAAAAUGGAUAAGUGGAAAGGUUCUGGAAAACUAGGAAGACUGGUGCCGAGAGGUGGUUCUAUGACUUCUUACAAGUAUGCUCUUUUGUUGUCACCUGUUGUCUCUGUCUGGGAUUGCAUUGUCAGGAAAAUGAGGUAUUCCUACAGACCUGAGUGGGUGUAGUGUUUAGGAUAGUAGUAAAAUAAUAUAGUAGAUUUUAAUAAAGUGAUCCACUAUAGAUUUACAGUAUCAUGAUGAAAGGAUGGGAAAACAAUUACGAGGAUAUAUAUAAUACUUACAACUAGUUCUUUGAAAAAAAGAGAUUGAAAAGAUUAGUUAGAUAUGGCUAGUUUUGUGGCUAGUAUGGGUAAUAAAGGACAACCUAUGGUGAAGAAAGCAAAAAAGAAGCAGGUGAAGGAUGAGUUGGAUCGUCAGAAACAAGCUGAAAAGAAAAAAAGGCGGUUAGAAAAAGCCCUUGCCACUUCAGCAGCUAUUAUAUCUGAACUUGAAAAGAAAAAACAAAUGAAGAAGGAAGAGCAACAAAGGCUAGAUGAAGAAGGUGCUGCCAUUGCUGAAGCUGUUGCUUUGCAUGUCCUGAUUGGUGAAGAUUCGGAUGACUCAUACAAGAUUCUUCUUAAGAACGACGAUCUCAACCCUUGGGAGUGCCCUGGGCAGUUCGACCACGUAAUGAAUGUUACUAGACCUGGCUUACCAGUGCAGGAGUUUGGGAGAUGUUCCAUUGAAGGGACUGGUUGGACCUCUAAUAUCGAUAGAUUUGAAUCAAUGUGGCAUGGUUUUAGGAAUGACUACUGGUCAGUUUCAGCUGGACCUUACACUGAAGAACACCACACAUUAUGUUUCGAACAAGUUGACGGUGCUGUUAGUGAGAUUUCUGCUGGUAUUAUUGCGGCACAGGCUGUUUCAUCACUUCAGAUAACAGUAGAUGGGGAUGAAGAAAUGAAUGUCCUUAACCGAAUGCGAAGGGGUAUCUAAUUUACCCCAAACCAUUUAAAAUUCGGUUUGGUACAUGUUUUGCAGAAUUGUUUGCCUCUCUUCAUUGUCGACCUGAAUCCUGCUGUUUACUCGGGAGAUAUGUCGUGUUUUUGUGGGGAUGUUGUAAGUUAUCUUGUACCCAGAGUCGUUCUUAUAGUCCCUAAAGCUUUUCAAAUUCAACCUUGUGCAGUUGAUGUGUUGGUGUGUGCUCUAAGGGCAUACCCAGCAGGCAGUUAAUGCAUUCUUGCCAAGCCUGUUUACUGAGAUCAUUAAUUACUUAGUCCUGUGGCUUGUUAAAUUGUGUUUUAUAUGAAUUUGUAUUAUAGAAAUGUUAUGAAUGCUUCAAUGACUUUUUAACUUGAUUGCUUUUUCUGCUUGGGA